AAGCAGCACAUGUGACCUGCAGCCUGUCGGCGGCCUGCAGGAGGAGAAGAAGAAGAGGAAGAAGAAAGAGAAGAAGAAGAAGAAGCAGGAAAUGUUCCUCCCACUUUGUUUGUGUUCAGACUCGAGAGGUUCAAUCCGGAGACAUUUAGCGUUUUAAAGCCUCAGAUUACACAUAAAGUCUCUCGCUGCGGGGGGGUGGGGGGUGGGGUGGGGUGGGGUCGCGUGCGUCUCUGCUGUGAGACGGGACUUUUUCUUUCGAUUUCUAAAAGUGUCAUGGUGACGCCGACGUGAAACGGCAAAAAGAAACUACGAAAGAAAAAAAAGGGACCCGGUCUGACGAAAAAAAGGGGGAUGGAGAAUGUGAAAACGCUGAAGUACUUCCCCCCGUACGGCGCCAUGAGCGGCGGACACUCGUCGGGGGACUCUUGCCCCACGUGUCGAGGCACCGGGAGAAUUCCCAGAGGCCAUGAAGACCAGCUGGUGGCUGUAAUACCGUGUAAUGACGUGAGGCUGAAACCCAGACGCACGAAGCUGCACGUGUGCAUCUCCAUGGCCGUGUGUCUCUUCCUGUGCAGCCUGAUCCUCUUCUUCCUCUUCCCCCGGAGCGUCACCCUCACGCCGGUGUCCGUGCUGUCAGUCAUGGUCUUCUUCAACGGGGACACCGUCGACAUGAAGGUCACCAACCUCGUCAACAUCUCCAACGAGAACUUUGUCCCGGUUCAGAUCGUCGAGUUCACCGUCCAGGGUCUGGUCUCCAAAGUGGUUACCGGAACCACCAAGAUCACCAACAUGACCGCCAUCCAGUCCCGCUCGCAGAAAUCGUACACCGUUCAAAUUGACCUGCCCAUCGUCGAUAAAGGCCUCAACGUUUACUGCAAGUCGAGCACCAUCAAGAUUCACACGUUGUUUCUGGAGCUGCAAAUGACGAUGAACAUUUCGUAUCUGUCUCACACGGAGCAGGUUUCUCUCGACACCUUUGAGUACAUCGACUGUGGCACCAAUUCAACGAUCCCUCAUCCCGUGACAUGACGACACCCAAAAUGAAAAACACCGGCGUGGGAGCGCGUGAAAUAAUUAAUACUCUGGCUUACUAUUGUCUAUGUGAAGAUAUAUAGUGGAGUGAAUGUCUCCCGGAGCUGAGAAAUGAAGCUUCUCUGUGCUUUGUUUACAUUGCCGGCCGGUCGUCUUUGCACUUUAUGUGAGGCUAUAAUUACAUAAAAUAGCGGACACAAAAUGAUUUUUUUUUUUCAUGCAUUUUCUUCCAUCGCCAUGGCAACAAAUCGUAACGAGUCAUACCAGGCGGCCACAUCCGGUUCUGGAAAAGUGAAGCCGAUGCAGAAGUGUCUUAAACCUGCGUAGGGCCUGGUUGUAAAAAGUCCACAUCGUAAACACGAGUUUAUGGUCUCAAAAAGACCGUAAAGCGGUCUAUGCUUUAGGGGGCGGGGCUACAAGGUGAUUGAAAGGUUGCUGCAGCUUCCUGAGCCGUAUAUAAAAAUAAAAAUAAAAAAGUCUUCUGUGUGCAAAAUUGCAAAAUCAUACUAGCCAAUCACAGCACGGAAGACGGCAGAACACACAACAACAAAAAAGAUGGCGUCUUCACACCCGUGGCUCCGCCCUCUUUUGGUAAACUGUGUGCGCCGCUAGCCGCUGACUCCAUGUUGAGAGCUGUGUGGAGUCAACAGGUGUACUCAGAAUUCGACAUUGAGCACCAAAAUCUACCGAUGACGACAUGACCUUUAAUGAUAUGUUAGGAUUAAACAAAACAUCGAUGUUUCCAUCACACUUUGACGUUAAAAUGAAUGUUUUUGCUGCAAAUCUGUAUUACAGGUAUAAUUUCUUACAUUAAUGAAAGGGCACUUUUUAUUCAAAGAUGUGUAAAUCUCUUAAAAAUGUAACUUAAUUUCCAAAUGUGAGGCCGUAUAUAUUGUGUAAAUGGGAUGUUGAUCUCUGAUAAUCUUGUCUUGAGUCAUUUGCACGUCAUUAAAAGGUGGCACUUAA